AUGCUAAGGGAAUAUAACGUCUUGGGCCAAACUCCAUUUCAUCUCGCUGUUGGCAAUCCGGAAUGUUUACGUUUACUACUCGCUGCAACAAAAGAAACGUCGCUUUUCGAUGAGAUAGACAACCACGGUCAGACGCCACUAGCAUGUGCCCUUUACCUUAGCGGUAGAAAGUGCAAAAAUCGCACUGCACCAUCUCAAUGUACCGAUUGCAUUUGUUCCCAAUCAGUACUUCUUCUCCUGGAAGCCGGGGCAUCGCUUCAUCUUUUCCGGGACGGUGGCACAAGCCGACUAGGCCAAACAUAUUAUUUGCAAGGCUUCCUAUCACAGACCUCUGAGCGAGGAAAAUGGACUUAUGCAGAAUAUGUCAAGCGGCAGAGAGAAGUCCUGAAGACUUUUGCGCUUCAGUCUCUUCCGCGCAGCAAGUGGGAUGUUUUGGGCCUCACCAAUCCUAAUGUCCUGGACGUCAAGAUUCCAGCUGUGGUCCAAGCCCUUAACGAACAGGGCACCGAGAUACCUGAUUUCGCGGAAAACUUCAAAACUGGCACCUACGAAGACCCGGGAUACUACUUAUCGUUGUAUAUGCUGCUAGGCAAUCCUCACGACGCCGAUAUUUUCUGGGAUCUCGGCUUUAGGGAUACAUGCUUGCCAUUGUUUCCAGGCUACGGGCAUGACGGCUACAAUUCACUCGACUAUCUGUGCUGGCUUCAUAACCACGGGGUAAAUUUUCAUUCACCUAUUAUUGGUCCCUCUCUCGAUGGCAGGAUUUCUUUCCGUGCACAUUUGGUGCUCUAUGAGCUUGGAUACUCACUCUCGUUUGACGAUUCGCGGGUCGGAUUUGGUAAUAAGCACUGGUUUCACCACAUUCUCACCAACGUACCAUCUGAGUCGACUCUUUCCAGAGACAAUUGCCAAUGUCGCUGUACCCGCCAAGGCUGCACAUCUCUGACCUUUCUGUUAAAGGGUUUUCACGCUCGUACGAUCCGUCCACUUCCCGUUGGCUCCCCUCCCAUCACUUUCCUGCGACAUUCGGAAGGAAUUUUUGAGAGGGCUCAGCACCAGGAGGUUCUCCGGUUUGUGACCUUCCAGGCCUUUCAACUACCACACACUUGCUGUUAUCCACGCCAUGAUUGCCUUUGCCAUGUACCAUACCCAUUAAACUCAAGCCCUUCGAGUUCUUGUCAGGACGGCAGAUGCAAGUGGAAGCCACAAUGCUCAGAAGAGUUAUCUGAAAUUGAAGCCGAACAUCGUUUUGAAUUCGCUUGCUUCGAGAAACUUCUUGGUGAGCUCGAAACGGAACUUGAAAUGAUACUUGAGAAUCCCAAAAAGAGCAAUGAGGAUAUCCUUAAUUUUUGGCAAAUGGUCUAA